AUGUCUGCAGCAGCCGCAAGAACUACAGUUCAUAUAGAUGAGGUGGAAUAUGAGUUGAAAAAACGAUUGCCUCCGAAGUUUCCAAAAACGAAGAAUGACAUUUAUAUAACAAGGAAUACUUCACUUGAAGGACAGAAAGCAAGGAUACAGAAACUGCUUGACGAGAAAUUUGAUGAAGUAGUGCUGCAUGGUCUUGGAGCAGCUGUGAGUCGUACAAUCAAUCUAGCGCUGCAGCUGCAGCGAAGGUUGGCUGAUACAGUGAAGCUUGAUGUGAGGACAAGCUCGGUUAUGGUAACGGAUGAUUUAUUUCCAUUAUAUGAUGAAGUUGAUUUUGCAACUCGUAAUCGCUCAAUAUCAGCGGUUCAUAUUCUUAUUUCUCGGCGUACUCACCCAUAA